AUGGGCAUGUCAUCAGGGAUGUCUCCAGGAUUUGAUAUGCCAGUUGGUUCUCCUAUGGGGAGAAGUGCUGGCAUGUCGCCUGCUAUGGACAUCUCUGGUGCAUCUCCAAUGGGAAUGGGGAUGGCUUCACACGGAGCUAUGGGUAGUAUUUUUGGGACAAGUCCUUCUUCCUCCCCAGCUACAGGAUUCCAUGAUUAUAAUUUACCACCAAGUCCAGUUCCACAAAUGGGCCACAUGAGUCCAGCGAUGGGAUCACCUAGUCUAGGGAGACAUAGCCCUGCUAUGACUGGGCUAGGAGGAGGUCUAGGAGACCUUGGGCAACUUGGUUCAUUAGGAUCAUUGGGAUCAAGUCAUCCAACUAGUGACAUGGGAGGAACAGGUUUUGAUGCAUUUGGUGAUGUGUUACAACCCUUAUCAACAAAUACACCUCAAAAUCAACAAAAACAAUCAGCUGGGCUUGCAAAAGAUUUAGAUGCUAGUCUAGUUCAGUUAGCUGGUAAUCUCAAUAUUAAAGGAAGUAACAGCCAAAUUAAAAAAACUGAUCACCAGUGGCAACCUAAAGGAGAACAGAAAUUAACAGGAGGUACCAACUUUGCCCCACGACCAACAUCUACUGGCCCAACAUGGAACCCACAAUUUCAACAACAACAAAAUAUGAUGGGAGGCCCAGGUCAAAUGGCACAACCCAGAAUGGGAUAUGGUGCACAAGGAAUGCAAAUGGGACAACCAAUGAUGGGUAUGCAGCAGCCAAUGGGCAUGCCUAAUAUGGGAAUGGGAGUUGGGAUGGGCAUGCAGCCACCAGCUUAUGGAAUGCAACAACCCAUGGGAUUCCAACAACCUAGACCACCUACUCAACAACAAAAUAUCAAUGAUCCAUUUGGAGCCUUGUGA